UGUUCAUUCUUGGCAUGCUCAUUUUAAAACGUGCGCUGGACGCGUGCAGUUCUCCAGUUCGACCAGUUUCCGUUUGAAUACCCGUGGAGUGGCCAGCGAUUCCAUCCAAUCCAAUCCAAUCGUAUCCGAUCCGAUCCUAUUCGAUCCAAGUCUGGAAGGUGUCCUGCCGAAAUGCAUCCUGCCUCGCCGCAUCAGCACCGCGCCCGCCUGCACGUCGGCUCGCCAGGAUCGGGUGGCAUACAGGCCUCCUCCUCCACGGAGACCUUCCCGCUCACCCCGCAGCACCAGUCCUCGCAGCAUGCGGUCCACAUCCCGCCGCCCCCCUCGCUGCCCUAUCAGGGACUCAAGACCUCUGAAAACGAUGACAUGGGCUGCGUGGAGAUCCUGGCCACGGUGGUGUCCGUGCUGAUCAUGGUGCUGACCUUCCCCAUCUCGGUGUUCAUCUGCUUCAAGGUGGUCUCCGAGUACGAGCGCGCGGUGAUCUUCCGGAUGGGUCGCCUGCGCAGCGGCGGAGCCCGCGGUCCCGGUGUCUUCUUUGUGCUGCCCUGCGUGGAUGACUACUAUCCGGUGGAUCUGCGCACCGUUUCCUUCGACGUGCCGCCGCAGGAGGUGCUCUCCAAGGAUUCGGUCACGGUGACCGUGGACGCGGUGGUCUACUACCGCAUCAGCGAUCCCCUGAAGGCGGUCAUCCAGGUGUACAAUUACAGCCAUUCGACCAGCCUCCUGGCGGCCACCACGCUGCGCAAUGUGCUCGGCACCAGGAAUCUCUCCGAGCUGCUGACCGAACGCGAGACCAUCUCGCACACCAUGCAGAUGUCCCUCGACGAGGCCACCGAUCCCUGGGGCGUUAAGGUGGAGCGCGUGGAGAUCAAGGACGUCUCAUUGCCCACUGCCCUCCAGCGGGCGAUGGCCGCCGAGGCGGAGGCGGCGAGGGAGGCGCGAGCCAAGGUCAUCGCCGCCGAGGGCGAGAUGAAGUCGUCGAGGGCACUGCGCGAGGCCUCCGAGAUCAUCUCGGCCAGUCCAUCCGCCCUGCAGUUGCGUUACCUGCAAACCCUGAGCAGCAUUUCAACCGAGAAGAACUCGACCAUCAUCUUCCCGCUGCCCAUGGAGCUGCUCACGCCCUUCCUGAACACCCACGCCCACUCGCAGCAGCUGCAACUGCAACACCAGCAGCAGCAGCUGCAACAGCAGCAGCAACAGCAGCAACAGCAACAGCAGCAGCAUCAGCAACACCAGCAACAUCCUACAGCGCCUGGGACGCCCCUCCAUCGUCACCAGCACCAGCACCACCAGUGACGCUCGAUGUCGGUGCUGCAGCCAUAUCUGGAGGCACUGCAUCGCUGCGAGCUGCAGCGGCAGCAGAAGCAGCGACGGACCGGAGCGGCUGCAGCGAGAGCAGCGGAUGACGAUGACGAUAUCGUGGGUUUCCUGCUCUAGUGGAACGGCGGCAGCAGCGACAGAAAGCGGAACUGGCCGGAAAAGCCCGGAAAAUGAGUCACCAAAAAAACUCCAAUUACAAGUGCCAUGGAAUUAUCAAGAUUUUGAAGAGUUCCUGACAUAAUUCGGUUUAAAAAUAAUUUUUUUUUGUUAGAAUUUAUUCUAAUAUGUCUCGAAAUAGUGAAAUAUUUCUAGUUUUUUGUCCUUCUUACUUCGAAGAGUCGAAGAGAGUUUAUGAUGAGACGUUAUCUUUAAAAUAACCAAUAUUAGUUGUUGUAUCUUAAGAGUUAAUAUUAAUUAA